UAAUUGGUGACAUUAUAUUGUGCAAAACAUCAAAAAAGCAGAGCUAGCUAGCUGAGAAUCUGAGAUAUAUCAUAUAUGGCAUCUUUGAACUUGUUCUUUUCUCCGGCGGCCGCCAAACAAAGGAGAGUGUACACGGCGGCUACCGCCGCCAAAAGCUCCGGCGGAAGCGGCGAGGAGAAGGGGCUGCUGGACUGGAUCCUUGGAGGACUGCAGAAGGAAGACCAGCUGCUGGAGACUGACCCAAUCUUGAAAAAGGUCGAGGGGAAAAGCAGCGCCACCACCGCCACGGUGGCCGGCCGCCGGAAGUCGGUGGCUGCUCCUCCACCCAAGAGUAAUGCCAAUGGCGGCGUCUUCGGCGGCUUCGGUGGCCUCUUUGCAAAGAAAGAAUAAUGAUUAGUCUUGUGUUUAUUCCAUAUAUAAAGACUUUAAUUUGUUUAAUCGUCCAUGCAUGCAUGCAAUUCAUACCAUGUAUAAUUUGAUUUACGAAAAAAUUAAAUCUGUAGUCAAUACAGUAAGGGUGUACGAACUUCAAUUCAAUUAUAGUGUUCAUUUCUUCUCGUAUGAA